UAUUACACAAGUGUUUCCCGACGGAAAUAGUACUCCGUAGCACGUCGUGCGGAAUUCAGAUAUCUUCAACAUGGCGGAGACCCACAGCUUACAGGACAUGAGGCAGCAGGUGGCUGUCGCAGCCAAAAUCUUCAUUCAGAGAGACUACUCCAACGGAACCAUGUGCCAGUUCCAGACCAAGUUUCCUUCAGAGCUGGAGACCAAGAUUGAUAAGCAGCAGUUUGAGGAGACGAUACGGACGCUGAACAACCUUUACGCGGAGGCAGAGAAGCUGGGAAGUCAGUCGUUCAUCGAAGGCUGCCUGGCCUGCCUCACCGCUUACACCGUCUUUCUCUGUAUGGAGACUCACUACGAGAAGGUUUUGAAGAGGAUUGCCAAAUAUAUCCAGGAACAAAACGACAAGAUCUACGCGCCACGAGGCCUCCUGCUGACAGAUCCCAUCGAAAGAGGACUCCGAGUCAUCGAGAUCACCAUCUACGAAGACAGAAGCUUCAGCAGAUAAAAGCGAUCCCAUGGCACGGCCUGAUGCAUCCCUGCUGAAAAUGAAGAAACUCUACUCUGGUCCAGAGCUCUGAUCUCUGGAAUGUUCAGCUUUAAUCAACGGAUUCCUUAUUGAACUUGUGCUCCUCCAGAACACAUAAAACCUUCGUCUCCCUCCCGUCGAAGGUCUAGCAGGCUUAGAGCAGGAAUUCUGCUUUCUGACGGUCUGCCAGGUGAAAAGUUGAGCGGCGGUGAUGGAUCGGCCCCCGGUGGGAGAGGAAACGGGCUUGGCUCUAGACCGUCCUGGGCUGUCGGAGGCCGACGGCGCCAAGUCCGUGUCCCGGCGUCUAUUUCCGAACACAUCCUGCCGUCGCCGCGCUCUCGCCUGGCUCGGCGCUCAAACCUGUAAAAAUCCAGUCUGUGCAGACUGCUGGACGGGGCGAGGGCAGGAGAGAUGUUCGUCAUUAGCGCCAUGUUUUUUUUUUUUUUUCAUUCCCUGAAAAUGGAGCUUUUCCUUAGCUGUCAAUUUCAUUUUUCACAGGCCAAAACGGGGAUAAUUUUCACCUGUUUCUGUUUUUUAAAUUGCUGUUAUUAUGCAGGGCUGUAAAUCAGGUUAACAAGCAGUCGGCGUCUCUCUUCCAAACACCCUGGUGCAUGUACUUUAACGCUUCCAAUUGUGUGAUCAGAUUAAGGCUGAUUCACACAUUACUGCUGGCUGAAGCCUGAAGGGCUGCCUGUAACUCUGGACCUGCUGUCAGCAGAGGUGACAACCUGCUCCCUCUGUUGCUUUACAUCAGUGAUUAUAUAGAACAUUGUUAAAAUGUCAUCUGUUCCUCAAAAUGUCUUCAAAUAAAUGGAAAAUGACUUUUAGCUUAAAACAAAACGUAGUCUGUGGCCGAGUCACACAUGCUAGUAGCUGCGGAUUGAAGCAGAUUUAUCCCCCUGAAAUGUAAACUCAAGACAACAAAGUAUAUCAGCUGAAGUCAAAGUGUCUGUGCAUCUUUUUAAAGUCUUAAAUUGAUGCAGCUAAAAUUAAGGCCUUGAAAGGUCUUUUUAUUAAAAAUCUUUUUCUUUCUUCUUUAAAUGCAAGUUGAUCUUAAAUAUGUUAAUCUUAGUAUAAAAGUAUUUCUUCUCAUAUAUUCUAUGUAGUUAUUUUUUCUGUCCAGCUAAGGUCAGUCAACUGCAGACGUCUUCUGACUCGAGGUUUCUGUUGGACACCAGGAGCUAGCCGCUAACAUACCCCUGACAGCCAGCUAGCUUUUUCAUGUCCGUCCUGGCUAAGUCCGAAUUUGUUGCCGACUCAGUCAUUUCUGUCACAGUGCAGGUUUUGAAACUUUGUUCACAGUCUUAAAAACUAUACAUGAAAUGGAAAUUUCAUGGAAUUUGAGUUGGUGAAGCCGGCAGGAGCCAUGUGAACGGCUCAGAGAGUCCUUUUGAAAAUUGUUGCAGUAAAAUAAAAAUUGUUGGAAGAAGUGAAAGUUGAAUUGAAAUACUUGGAGGUAAACACUGCUCAGUGUCUCCCAGUUUAAAAGGAUUCAGUAACAGCAGGAUUAAAAUGCUGCUGGCUUGAUGAAAUGAUUAGACAGCCUUAAGUUAUGUUUACAUUACAAAUAUGAUAUUUCAAAUAAAGAAAUACAACAACCUGAUGCAUUUUCUUUAGCUAGAUGUCUUAUGACAGGAAUUUCAGUAUUUUAUUAUUCAUAAUACUUUCACAGAGCAGGCUAAUUCAGUACGUUUUUCCCAAUUUAAAUCUUUUUUUUCCCCUCACAGCAGUCUGACUUGCCCAAUUCUCAACUUUUCACCCCAAAUAAAAAUCGCAUCAGAUUCUCUUCCACAUGUGGAAACGCAUCCGAUUGUUUUCAAAGCGACUGCAGGCAGAACAGUCGCGUCUCAUUUUAUCUGACUUUUAUGUCAUUAACCUGAGACGUGUCAUAAUUCUGACCGGAUGUAAACAAUGGCUGGAAAAAAAACCAACAAAACAACAACCCCUAAUUAUGAAAGAAGUGUGUCAGUGAAGCUCGUCCCCGUCCCGGCCUCAUCACUCUGGGCUCUUCUUACGCAUCCAGACAGAUUUCUUUACAUGUUUUGCGCUCAGUGCUCCACAGAGGGCCGUUGUUUUUAGCUCCGCUUCCUUUUAAUCAGUUUCCUCCUGAUUGUCUCACAAUAACAUCAGCUCCCCGUUGCUGGAUUAACUUUUAAAUAAGUCCUUAAAAGGCUCCGUUAUCCGUUCUCACAGCUGUGUGACGUCUGCGGGUCGCUCUGGGGUUCUGCUUGGUUCAUACAGAAGUCUGGUUGCGGUCGCAUCAUUCGUUUGACCAAAACCCAAUUCGGUACAAUUUAUAAAAAGCCAGACUUAAUUCAUUUCCAAAAAUUAAAGAGCGGUUUGUAAGAAAUCAAAGUCUAACGGCUUUGGCGCUCUUCCCCAAACUUCAUCAAAUGACGUCACACGAUCGAUCAUUUAUGUAUUUAAUUUUUAUUUUAACUGUUCCCUAGAAACGAGGAGUAACACUCGACUCAACUUGCCUCCGGUCUCCCCUAAGCAGUUUAAUGAGUGGAACCGAACCGUCUCUAGGUUUAUAUGGCGGAACGAGGAACCGAGGGUACACUAUAAAACAUUACCAAUUACCAAGAGAUAAAGGAGUAAUGUUUGGGAAAUGACUAAUGACUGUGCUGUUUACUGGUGUGAAGAGGGGUAUGAUGUAAAGUGGAAAGAACUAGAAUUAAGUCAAAUGGACAUUUCCCUUCUCACUCUGCUGGGUGAUGAUCACCUAGAGGCUACAUGUUCAGGAAAGCAUCUAGUUCAGAGGGUUCAGUGAGGAGGAGACUUGGUUAAAAAUCUAUUUCUUUCUCUUUUUUUUAGAAAAGAAAGUGAGGGGGGAAAUCUUUUAAAAAUCGCAUCUUUUAUGAAAAAAGUAAUUUAAUUUUUAAAGGGGCAGUAUUAUGUAAUAUUGACUUUUUUUUUUCUUUUUUUUUUAGCUUAAUGUCAUGUUGUAUUGGUGUUCCCUCAUCAAAAGCGUGCCUGGAGCGUUGUCUUGAUUCUGUCAUGCAUGUUUGGGAAUCCUUCCGUCUCCCACAGCAACCAUUCAGCUCUGCGAAACGCCUGGCUGCUCUCACGUCUGGAAAAAUGUCGCCGUACUUGUUUCAGUUUUAACGAAACGUUCAGCUGCUUGCCAUCGGUGCUUUUCUUUGUCUUUUCAGUCGUCUUGAUGAUUUCUGCUCUUGUUUGUU